UCCGGAGAGGAGCGCGCCCGGGCGAAAUGCGGAAAAGAAGCCCGCAUACGCUUCACGCCGCUCCUAGAGCGCGCUGCUAAGGAGUUAGUGACUGGGACGGAAGCCUACGGGCACCCACGCCUUUGGUGUCCUCACGCUCUCGGUCCCCCAGUUCCCCGCCACUACUCCUUGCAAGCCCGGCGAGCGAAACUUCCACGCUCUCCCGAGGCUGCACUCGGAAACCGAGCUUCGCUCUCACCGUUCGCGAGCCCCGCCCCUUGGUGUUCCGGUUGGGGGCGGGGAAAGGAAAGGCGCAAGCGCCUUUGAGAGCAGCGGGGCUAUUUCUGUGGGAACGGUUUCCUGGGCCCGGAACCCGACUGUGACCUAGGCACGCUGGCUGCGGUGCGGGCUCGUCCAGUUGUUGUUCUCGACUUCCACCUCCAGGAAGUCAUUAUGUGACUAACACAUCUUCAUCAGAUUUCCUCUGAUUUACCCUGACGAGUAUGUGAGAAUGAUGUGCACUGCCAAGAAAUGUGGAGUUAGAUUCCAGCCUCCAGCUAUUAUCUUAAUCUAUGAGAAUGAAAUGAAGGGGAAAAAUCGCCAGCGCAUUAUGCCUGUACGAAACUUUUCAAAGUUUUCAGAUUGCAACAGAGCUGCUGAACAAUUAAAGAAUAAUCCACGACACAAGAGUUACUUGGAACAGGUGUCCCUGAGACAGCUGGAAAAGUUAUUCAGUUUUUUACGAGGUUACUUGUGGGGACAGAGUUUGGCAGAAACAAUGGAACAAAUUCGACGGGAAACAACUAUUGAUCCCGAGGAAGACCUGAACAAACUAGAUGACAAGGAACUUGCCAAAAGAAAGAGCAUAAUGGAUGAACUUUUUGAGAAAAAUCAGAAGAAGAAGGAUGAUCCAAAUUUUGUUUAUGACAUCGAAGUUGAAUUUCCACAGGAUGAACUGCAGUCCUGUGGCUGGGACACAGAGUCAGCAGAUGAGUUCUGAUCCCCAAAACAAACAUUUAUUGAGCUAACAGAAACUCUGUGUUUAUACAGAGAAUAUAGAUCAGUUCUAGAAAAAUCUGUAAAGAACACUAAAUGUACAUGUUGGGUCAUAUUUGGAUUGACCAUGUGACUUUUCAAAACCAAGACAUGUGGAAAAUCUACUAUGUAGGUGCAUGAGGAAUAUAAAAAAAUCAGUACAUAGGAAUCUGACUUUAAGGUGCUCACAGUCUAAUUGGAAGAUGGGUCAAAAACUUGUGAAAACCUAAUUAACAGUACUAGGCAGCAAAAACAUUAAAGCCAAAUGAUUGAUAAAAAUGAAAAAGGGUCAGAGCCUAGAUUACUGUAGAGCAGAAUAGUCAGGGAAGACUUGGUUCUUCAGUGGCAAGAUGGGACUUUGCCUGGCCCUUGAAGUGGUAGUAUUUGAAUAGAAGCUUAUAGAGGAUUCCAGAUGAGAAACUGGGAGGAAAAAGAGGGGAAGGGUAUAGUAAGCAAAUUAUAAUUUGAUAAGAUUGGAGGGUGUAUAUGGUUACCAGGGGAUUAUCCGGUAUACAUUAUGUCUUUAUAUACAUUUAACUCUGUUUUACAAGUAUUCUGGAGUAGAAGAGCAAGUCCAUGUAAUUUGAUGAACAGCAGGGGGAUUCUGCCCUUCUGGUAUCUGGAAAUAUAAACCAAAGACAUUCCGAAACCUGAACCUCUUCCCAUAAGUAAGAGGUUUGUUUGUAAAAUGGGAACUCUACCCAUAAUAAAUGAACAAUAGGUACUUCCAGUUUGGACCUGUUCAUAGAUUUGCAUGUACAAAGGAGAUUUUUGUUAAGCAAGGUUAUAUGUGUAUAGAUCUUUCUUCUUGCUAUAUUAUUAUUAUUUGAUUGGUAGAAAUCCUGUGUUUUCUGCAAGGAAAUUAAUACUAAAUAAACCUGUAAAAAUUAGUCAUUCUUUCUGUCUGUUUCUACUCUGUUUACCAUUAAAAGGUAAAGCCCCCAUUAAAGGGAUCAUUCUUAUAGUGACACCACCAGGGACUUAAGAUGGUCAUGACUCAUUAUGUAUAUUUGCCAAAGGUGGCAAAAGAAUUUUCAGAAUUGGAGAUUCUUUUACAUCUGCAUAGUAUUUUAGUUUAUAGAUGUAGAUGAUAUAUUUUAAAAGUUGACUUUAGAUUGUUUUCUCCUUCACUGUUACAAACAAUGAAAAUAACCUUGUAUAUUCUCUAUUUUGCAUGUGUAUAUGACUAUAAAUAGUGCAUCGAGGGGAAUUGCUGGAUAUGUGCAUUUAAAAUUUUCAUAGAUAUUGCUAAGUUUUCCUCCAAAGAGGUUCAUUCAUUCAUUCAUUCAUUCAUUCAGUACUCUGUACCAUAUAAGUACCUACUAUGUGCUGAGCAUGUGCUGCUAUUCAGAGCCUGAGGAUACAGCAGUAUGUACAACAAAGCCCUUGCCUUUAUAAGGUUUACAGUCUAGUUGGAGAGGACACAAUAAACAAAUACACACAGUAAUGUCCUAUGAUAAGUGGUCAGAGAGGAUGGAAGCCACUGGAUUUGAUAGGGUGAUCAAAGAAGGUCUUACUGAAGAGGUGACAUUUGAGCAAAGGCCUGAAGGAAAUAGGGAAAAAUGUGCAUUUCAGGGGUAGUAGAGAAAGGUAAGUGCAUAGGUUACAGGAUAGUGUGCUUGGCAUAGUUGAGGGACAGUAAGGAGGGUGAUGUGGUUAAUACAGAUGAAGCAAGAAAAUGGUAGGAGAUGCAGAUGGAGUACAUGAAGGUCUGUCUGAAAAAAGUGCAACCAUUGUUUAUGUAAUGAGAAUGGUUUGUGCAACACCAAUGUAACCUGGCAGUCAAGGAGAGUGGACUGAAAUGUGCAUGUAUGAACAAUGACAACUUCAUUGUACUAGUCAGUGGGGGUGGUAGAUGCUGUUGAGUGAGCAUGUGUACUGUGUGGCCAUCACAUUCAAAAUGACUAAAUGAGUAGAGCAACAAAUCUGCAUCAAAUUUUGUGUUAAGCUUGAACAUUCCUCCACAGAAACUAUUCAGAUGAUUCAGAAGGCUUUCUCGGACAAUGCAGUGAGUGCAGUGCAAAUUAAAGUAUGGCGCAAUGCUUCAGAUGAUCGAGAAUCUGUUGAAAGCGAUCCAUAUUCUGGAGGGCCUGCAAUAAGCAGAACUCUUGAGAAGGUUGAAUGCCUAUGGGCUGCAAUCAACAAAGAUCAGAGAACUGUGUGAGGUCCCAAGGUGCCUACUUUGAAGGCAACUGAGGCAUUAUUGUCCUGUGUACAAUGUUUCUUGUAUCUUGCAUCUUCUUCAAUAAAUAUAUCUAUUUUUCAUAUGACAUAGCUGGAUUCUUUCUGGACAAGCCUCAUAUUUUACCAAUGGGCAGUACUUACCACAAAGGUUGUACCAACUUAAAUAUCAGCAAUACACGAGUCCUGUCUUCCCCACAUGCUUAUCAAUAGAAUGUUAACAAACUUGUUGAUCUAUGCCAAUUUUAUAAUUAAAAAAAUGGCAUUUCAUAGUUUUAAUUUGCAUUGCUUUUGAGUGACAGUGAGUAUAAGAUCUAUUUUUAAGCAUUUUUUAUUUAAUUAUUGUUCAAGUACAAUUUUCUGUCUUUUACUCCCAUCCCAGCUCACCCCCCCCAGUGCUCCCCACCUCCCUCCCAUUUCUACCCCCCUUAGUUUUUGUCCAUGUGUCCUUUAUACUUGUUCAUGUGAAUCCUUCCCCUUUUCCUCUGAAAUUCUUUCCCCUCUCCCCUCUGUUCCCUGUCAGCCUGUUCUGUAUUUCAGUGUCUUUGGUUAUAUUUUGCUUGCUUGUUUGUUUUGUUGUUUAGCUUCCUGUUAAAGGUGAGAUCAUAUGGUAUUUUGUCUU